AUGCCUCAGACAGGACGAGCAGUAGGACAGAGGCACAGAUGACGAACAGAGUCACCAUCAACAAGCCCUACUCAAGCACAUACCCCUUCCAAAGCUCCAUCUUUUCUCCUCAGGCACAAUGUCCAGCCUUCACUGCCCCGCACACCCUCCGUUCGCCCAACCAAAUCCUUCUGUAGCGAGCUGCCUUAGCACAUCCGCGUGUCAAGGAGGGCAUUUUGACCGAAGUGCUCACAUGAGUGGUCUCCUUUACCUUUGGACAUCAGCAUCAAUGCUGCUCUUUCAAACACCGGUCUUUGCCGAACACGAAGGCUCGUGUUUCUCACGCUCCCGUACAUCCCAUCAAGUCUCACCAAACUGCGCCAAAUGCUUUCCUCUCGUCCGCCAAAGCGAAAGCUCCUUGAGCUCACCACUCUCAGUUGAGUGGUGCCCUGCGACAGGCACUGGCUUUCUCCCCCUCUCAUCGUCACCGCGAAUGUGUGUCACAAAGCCAAAUAAAUUUCAUCAGUUGCUACGAAGACGAAACAUAACAUGUGUCUGUGCUCAGCCGCGUGAGGGAUCUGUUUGAGAUUUGAGGGAUUUGGAUUCCUGUAUUGCGACUGCUUGCUCAUGAAAAUCCGUACAGCAACACAGAGCUGGACCCCAUGUUCACACAGGAAACGACAGUACACACUUUGUCAAACUGAGCUGGCUACCAUCGGUAGCUGAUUGACUUGGCUUGUACGGCGCAGAGGACCAUCAUGCAUGACUGCUGACACUGAUUCUCCGAGGCCUCACGUCAUACAGGAAGCCGAUAUACCGACUUGUGCAGUCUUUGCAUUGCCCAGCAAAACGUCGCGCUUGUUUAAAUGUUGAUCAUCGUC